CCUGUGCGAAGGGCGCUGUGUAAACGCAGGGCACAAUGCAGAGCUCCAGGAAUUACCUGUGGCUCCUUGGGGACAUACUGGGCCAGGGGGCUACCGCCAGCGUGUACAAAGCCAGGCACAAGAGAAGUGGAGACCCUUUCGCUGUGAAGGUGUUUAACAAGGUCAGUUACCUCCGACCCCACGACGUGCAGAUGAGAGAGUUUGAGGUCCUGAGGAAACUCAGCCAUAAGAACAUCGUCAAACUCUUCGCUGUGGAGGAAGUGGGAGGCACCAAGCAGAAGGUGCUGGUGAUGGAGUAUUGCGCUGGCGGAAGUCUGCUGAACCUUCUAGAAGAAUCAGAGAAUGCCUUUGGCCUGUCGGAGCCCGAGUUCCUGAACGUGCUGCAGAGCAUCGUGGCGGGGAUGAACCAGCUGAGGGAGCAGGGAGUGAUCCACCGGGACAUCAAACCAGGGAACAUCAUGCGUGUGCUGGAGGAGGACGGACGCUCACAAUACAAACUCACCGACUUCGGGGCCGCGAGGGAACUGGAGGACGACGAAAAGUUCAUGUCUCUGUACGGCACCGAGGAAUAUCUGCACCCUGACAUGUACGAGCGAGCGGUGCUCAGGAAGCCGCAGAGCAAGGCGUACGGAGCCACCGUUGACCUGUGGAGCAUUGGCGUCACUUUGUACCACACGGGCACCGGCCGCCUGCCCUUCAUCCCUUACGGGGGGCCGCGCAGGAACAAGGAGAUGAUGUAUAAGAUAACCACAGAGAAGCCGCCGGGAGCCAUAUCCGGGGUCCAGGGCUCAGAGCUCGGAGCCGUGGAGUGGAGCUCGGAGCUGCCAGCCUCCUGCCAGCUCUCACAGGGGCUGAAGUCGCUGUUGGAGACGGUGUUGGCUAACAUACUGGAGGCGGCUGAGGACCGAUGUUGGGGAUUUGACCGUUUUUUUUCGGAGGCGAAUGACAUCCUGCGGCGUCUCGUGGUGCAUGUGGUCUCCCUCCCGCACGGCACAGAGCACAGCCUGUACCUCCCACCCCACAGCACGGUGGCGGAGCUGCUGGCCGGGAUGUGCAGACAGACUGGGCUGGUGGGGGGGGAGCAGGAGCUGCUGUGUGAGGGACGGAGGCUGAGGCUGGACCCCGACACCCCGGUACACAAUUUGCCACGGACCUCAGAGGCCGAGCCCCUUGUGCUGGUCAGCACUGAGCCCCCCGGUCCCCCCACCAGCGCCUGCCACGAACCUGAGAUUCCCACGUUCCCUCCCAAGUUCGAUGUGGUGGGAGACGCCAGCCUGGCAAAGGCGGUGAUCAGCGCAGUGCACCAGCUGUUGAAGAUCGGCCAGCGCUUGACGAGAUGUCACACCAUCACACAAAGAGGCGUUUACUGGCUGACGGAGAUUCUGAUGGAGGAAUGCCAUCGAGCUGCCCAGGAAAUGGAGCUGAUCUGCCUCAGGCUGAGCUUCCUCCAGAGAGAAGUGUUGUGGCUGCUAACCACGUGGGAAUGUCUCCCACAGACACACCAGGAGCUCCAGGUGGCAGCAGCUCACGAGCUGCACAGGAAGAUUGAGCUGGGCCUGGAUUUUCUGGGAAACGAGCUGUUGCCGAUUAAGGGAAACCAGGAGCAGCUGCGAGCGCUGAGAGCGGAGCUUGUGAGAAGCUCGGAGUCUCAGCCGAACAGUAAUGUAGUCGCAAAAAUCCAGGUUUUACUGCAGAAAAUCUCAGCCAUUUACACCCAGUUCAAGAGGAACCGAAUCAAAAUGAGGCUUCAGUACAAUGAGGAGCAGAUUCACAAGUUUGACAAGGUCAAAAUGGGAAUUUACGCCAAGAAAGUGCAGGCGUUAUUCCGGGAGGAUUGUGUGCAGGCACGACACAGGAGCUUGUUGGUCACCGGCAACCGGUUGAGGACGCUGUGUGAGAUCUGGAAGAGACUUCGGGGCACAGAUGAGCAGCGCGUGAGUCUCUCACAACAGGCAGACAUUUACCAGGCUCAACUCAACAAGAUGCUGGCUGCGGCUGGGGCUGGGGUCCCAUCUCUGAGCUGCACCGGGGGUGACACACAGACAAUGAGCUCCUCCCCAGCCUCUGUCCAUCUGGCUGACAGGAAAUGUGUGGAGAUGACGAGCAGGAUGAAACAACUGAAGCAGGAAAUGGAGACAGUAACGCUGGAACUUCAGCAAAACAAUAUCAUCAUCCAAAGAAUCGGGGAGCUGACCAAAGCCGCGGAUGUUUGACACUGGACUGCGCUGGUCUCAGGGAGUUACUGUCCGUCAGCGGAGACAGCCUCACGGUACAGACCCGAACCGCAUCAUCUUCAAACCAUCCCCAUCCUGACCCCCACCCCUUGGAGCCAGGGCGCUGGGCCAGUGUAUACACCGGCCAUGGGUGGGGUGUUGAGGUGUGUGGGGGGAGAAGGGGGUGGUGGGCGGGGGGAGAGACUAGGAGAAUUUUCCAGCUUUGUGGCAGCCAGGAGAGAGAUGAUGAAUUGUAAAGUAUCUGGACAACAAAUCUGUGAAUCUCUUAUUAAAGUGAACUGUGUAACCAA